UUGCCGUACUACUUUCUAUUGAGACACCCUUCCGCAUCCAAGUCUUUACGAUGCCACAUAAACUUCACUAUUUUCCAGAAUUAGUAGCGUACGUACUGCGGUGUUGACACGUGAAGUCCAUCACGAUUUUACUGGACUAAAACAUCAUUAUUUCGAUAUCUGUGUCUCGACAAAGUAAUUUUGUUGCGCGUUAAAGCUUCGCGGCCUAGCCUAGCUUAUUUUAGCUAAGAUGCUCGCUGCAAACAAAACGCAGCCCUUGUGCACAACACGUCGCUCAGCAGAACGUGUUGUGAUUGUCGUGUGAAAAUGUGCGCAAAACGCGUGAAAGAAGAAGCGUACGAGGAGGAAUUUAAUCUGUCAAAAGAAAUCGAUGGACAAAGAUGGGACACUGUUUUCAAGGGGACUCAUCCUGUUUUACACGGAGCAGACAUCAGUAAAUAUCUUGAGCAGCAGCGAAUCAAAGAGGAGUUGCCGAAUCUAUCUCACGGGAGAGCGGAAGGCAUGCCAGAGGGCCCCCACGUUAAAGAAGAAGAGCAGAAGGAUGAAAUCACAGAAUUUCCGUUGACUGGUGUCACUGUGAAGAGUGAAGGAGGUGAUGGAAACCAGCGUGAAGGACCACAAUCAAAUGGCCUCUUACAGUAGCUUCACCAAAAGAAGGUGACGAUGUCAUGGCGCAUCCUUGUAAAGAUGAGGGACAUUCGAAAGGUGGAAUGACUCAUCACACGGAGAAGAAAUUCCUCAAAUGUUCAGACUGCGGCAAAAUGUUUUCCAACAAGUUCUCAUUGACGAGACACACAAAAAAACACACUGGGGAGAAACCUUUUGUCUGCUCAGUUUGUGGAGAAAGGUUCUCCUUAAAGGCAGGAUUAACGACACACACAAGGAGCAGGCACAAUGGGGAAAAGAGUUUUUCUUGCUUGGUAUGCACGAAGAGAUUCUUUUUGAAGAGUGGCUUGACAAGGCACACGAGAACGCACACUGGAGAAAAACCUUUCGCUUGCUUCCUUUGUGGUAAAAGGUUCUCCUUAAAGGCAAACUUAACAACUCACACAAGAAGCAGACACAAUGGAGAAAAACCCUUUGCCUGCUUAGUUUGUGGCAAAAGAUUCUUUUUGAAGACCGGUUUAGCGACGCACCUCAGGACACACACCGGGGAGAAACCGUUUGUAUGCGCAGUUUGUGGAAGAACAUUCAGCCAAAAUGGAGAUUUAAACAUACACACAAGAACACACACGGGAGAAAAACCUUUUACCUGCUCAGUUUGCGGGGAAAGUUUCUCGUUGAAGGCAAAUUUAGCAACACACACAAGAAGGCACAAUGGGGAAAAACCUUUUGCCUGCUCAAUUUGUGGCAAAAGAUACGUUGGCAGAGGAGAGUUAAUGAUACACAUGAGGACACACACAAGAGAAAAGUCUUUUGCCUGCUCCGUUUGUGGUAAAAGAUGCUCCAAAAAGGCAAGUUUAACAAUGCACACAAGGACGCACACUGGGGAGAAACCUUGCACCUGCGCAGUUUGCAACGCCAGUUUCAGUGCGCGGUCAAAUUUGACUCAACACAUGAAAACGCACACUGGGGAGAAGCCCUAUUCCUGCUUAGUUUGUGACAGAAGAUUCUCUCGAAGCUCCGCUUUAAGAAUGCACACAAGAAGACAUGCAGAAGAAAGAGAAAAGCGCACCGGUGGGAAGAGCAGCAGCCAAUAAAGCUGCGGAAGAAACGGAGGCUAUGUUGGAAUUGGGAAUCAUUGACUCGUGCUACCCCGCAGACCCUACAAAGCGGAUCCUCGGUCAACAAAUGAAUGCGUUAAACGACCAAUUCAGUUCAUGCUCUGAAUUUUUUAUUUAUUCAUAAAAUGCCGCAUUGCACCCACUGUUUUUGGUUUUGUCAAAAUGUUGCUAGUAGUGUUGUUUGGGUGGCUAAUUGUGUCACCGUUGAAAUAAAGGGACUCAUGUUCAAACGUGAGAAAAGCGUUCUCCUUACCUAAUCUUUACUAUUCUAAUCAUCACACAUUUAAAUUGCUUUGAAUUGAUUUGGAGGAUUACUGGUUGUUUUGGAAAUGGAGAGCCACUUGGGUACUGUUGGUAAAGAUAAGGAUCUUAUAAUUCAUGAUAUGACAAGGUAGGAAACAGACAAGAUACUACAUCGCAAUAGACAACACUUGAUUGCUAUUUGUCUGAUUGUUAUGUUUGUUCUCUGAUGUUAAACAUUAAAGUGUGGAAACUAUGCAAUAAAAUAAGAACUUUAUAAA